UUUCUCUUCGCCGUUAUUCUCCAUCACGCGAUGAAAGAAGCGUUGUGCUUGUAAAGUAUACCAUAGAAACCGCUUCAACUGUAUAUUCACCCGCAACACUGUCUUUAGCCGGGCCAACAAUCACAGCAAUUAUUAUAAUCGAUAGAGAAGGCUGUUCGCGUCCUGCUGAGAUGGGCCAGGGGAACGCAUGAGAGAGAAUGUACUUGAUGUACUGCAUCACUGUUGAAGUUAUUAAGUAAAGCAUAAACCCAUUCCAGGAUGGAGGCCACCACCAUACUGCCCGUGCUGAAGAAGAAGUUGGCUUUUUUGUCAGGAGGUAAGGACAGACGCAGUGGUUUGAUUCUGACCAUCCCACUAUGCACAGAGCAGACCAGCAUGGAGGAGCUAAGCACAACUCUUGACUACCUGCUGGGCAUUCCCAGUGAGAAAUGCAAAGCUCGUGGGUUCACCGUCAUCGUGGAUGGCAGGAAGUCUCAGUGGAAUAUAGUGAAGACAGUUGUUCUGAUGUUGCAGAACGUGAUCCCCGCCGAAGUGUCUCUGGUGUGUGUGGUGAAACCUGACGAGUUCUGGGACAAGAAAGUCACCCAUUUCUGUUUCUGGAAAGAGAAGGACAGGCUUGGCUUUGAGGUGAUUCUGGUGUCGGCAAAUAAACUCACACGAUACAUCGAGCCAUGUCAGCUCACGGAUGAGUUCGGCGGGAGUCUGACUUAUGAUCAUUUGGACUGGGUCAACAAAAGACUGGUCUUUGAAAAAUUCACAAAGGAGUCAACAUCACUACUGGAUGAACUUACUGUCAUCAAUGAGAACGAGAAAGGAUUUCAGGCAGACAAGGAGAGUCCCUUUUCCCUGAACAUAGCACAAACCGAACCGAACCAAAACCGUGACCCUAAAACCGUGGCACAAACCGAACCGUCUUCGGAGAGCAACAGUCUGCCUUCAUUUGAUCCUGAAACAGUUCUUCAGACCGGACAUGAGUUGCUCUCAGAGCUCCAGCAGAGGCGUUUUAAUGGCUCUGAGGGGGGAGGAGGAGGUGGUGGUACGACCUGGUCGCCCAUGGACGAUGAGCUGCUGGCUCAGCCUCAGGUGAUGAAGCUUCUGGACUCUCUGAGGGAGCAAUACACCAAAUACCAGGAGGUCUGUCGGCAGCGAAGCAAGCGCUCCCAGCUGGAGGAAAUCCAGACCAAGGUCAUGCAGGUUGUGAAUUGGCUGGAGGGUCCUGGCACAGAUCAGCUCCGCACACAGUGGGGUAUUGGAGACUCCAUUCGCGCCUCUCAGGCCCUGCAGCAGAAACACGAAGAGAUUGAAAGUCAACACAGCGAAUGGUUUGCCGUUUACGUUGAGCUGAACCAACAGAUCGCCGCGCUGCUUAGCGCAGGAGAUGAAGAGGACCUGAUGGAGCUCAAGAAUCUUCAGCAACAGCUCAGCGACGUCUGCUACCGACAGGCCAGCCAAUUAGAGUUCAGACAGAACGUCCUGCAGUCUGCACAUGAGUUCCACAUGACCGCACAGGAUUUGUCUCAGCAGUUAGACGGGCUACUGGGCAUGCUCUGCGCAGACGUCGCCCCUGCAGAUGGAGCUGCAAUCCAGCAGACUCUAAAACAUCUGGAGGAGAAGCUCAAGAGCGUAGAGGGUGCCUUGCAAAGCCUGAGGGAAAAAGGCCAAGUUCUGCUCGACCAAAUGUCUACCCAGACAUCAUUUUCGUACGGGAAGGAUGUAACUAUUGAGAACAAAGAGAAUGUCGACCACAUUCACAGCGUGACGGAGGAUAUGCAGCUCCGCAAACAGAGGUGUGAGGACAUGGUGGAUGUCAGGAGACUGAAGAUGCUGCAGAUGGUUCAGCUGUUCAAGUGCGAGGAGGAUGCUUCACAGGCUGUCGAGUGGUUGGGAGAGCUGCUUGACGCUCUGUUAAAAACCCACAUCCGACUGGGGGAUGAUGCGCAGGAAACCAAAGUGUUGCUGGAGAAACACAAGAAGUUUGUGGAUGUUGCUCAGAGCACAUAUGAUUACGGCAGGCAGCUGCUACAGGCCACAGUGGUGCUGUGCCAGUCUCUGCGUUGUACCACACGUUCAUCAGGGGACACGCUGCCCCGACUCAACCGGGUGUGGAAGCAGUUCACGGUCACAUCUGAUGAAAGACAACACAGGCUGGAGAUGGCCAGUGCCUUCCACACUGCAGCUGAGAAGAUUUUGAGAGAGAGUCCUGAAUCAGCUGAGAUGAUGGUGGAUUUGGAGACAUAUGAAGAGAUGGACACAAUGGGAAAAUCUCUGCUGGAUAGACUCACUGUGGCCGUUAUUUUUCCUGACGGGAGCGAGCAGUUCUUUGGCAGUCCUGGCGAAAUGGCCUCUUCCGCUGAAAUCAUCCGUGACCGAAUGAAACUAGUGGAAGAAAAGCGAUUUUUACAGGAAGAGGCGGAGCAGCGGCUUCAUGAUGAUGCUCUGGAGGCGGGGCCCAGGGAAACUUGAGGAUCUGAUACCCUUCACGGCUCCUCACGGGAAAAGGCGUGGUUUGGCAGCACGGCACCUGAUCCUCAAGUACCAGUUCAGAAGUGACCCCGAUCACCCGCCAUUUCUGAUGUACUCCAACUCACCGUGCCAUCUUAACUUACCGAGCGCAGUUAAAGAUAGACACCCGCAGGCUCGCGUUGCAUUGCUUGCGUGGACAGCUGAACUCUAAACCGAACAUAUUACUUUGAAAUUUUGUCUCCCUAUGAAGCUUUACCGUACCUGUCGCCUUGCUCGUCCUCCGGUGAGGCACCCUGAGCUUGUGAUGGUGCUGCUGAGCCUAUAGAAUGUACAUAAAGUGGCUUCUAUACCCCUAUUGAUACCUAGUGCUUUAAAUUUGUAUGCCUUUCCUGAUUGACAGAAAGCAAUGUAUUUUAUAAUUCUUUUAAGUUGCUUUCUGUUAACCUUCGCUAAUAUAAAGAUCCGUGAUGGAGGCCAUUCGGCUCCGUUUGAAGAUGGUGUGUGAAGACGCCAUACAGUUAAUGACAGAACGACAGAAACUAUUUAACUUCAAGCUGAAUGGUACAAAACCAAUGCAGAGCUUUAUAAGUCAAUGUAGAGAUGUUGUUUAGAGCUUUGUUUUGACAGUGAAAUUUGAAAUGGAAUUAUGUUUCAUCUCAUAAUACGUCAGUCUAACGCGUACGCUGCUUGCAUAUGGAUGCAUGUUAUCAAAUAUUAAUUCCAUAUUUAUUUUAUUUUCCUUUGUUGUUUUUUACCUUGACAUGCCAUUGAAAUUGUAUAAUGCUUUCGCCAUUUUAAAGGCUAUAGUGUAUUUUAUGAAAAAAAGUUGUAUAAAAUAAAUGAACAAAAGGUUGAGUAAGAGGUGACCGAAGAUGAAAGGUUGUCUCCUUCACUGCACCAUAAAUUUGGCAGGUCAUUACCAUUUACAGGACUUUGGUUACUUGGCAUAUGCUUUGUGUGAAGCUGCCUCAUGGUUCAGUGCUGUACAGGAAUAUUCAAGCACCCAUUCAAUAAACAUGGGAAAUACGUUUCAUGA